AUCAUUUGGCAUAUUCCUUUGCCUAACGAACAAAGGGUACUAAAUUAUAUAAAAACAUUUAAAAAUUAGGAAAUAAAACCCCGCAAAAUUAACGACCAAAGAUCACGUUCAAAAUGCUGAGUAGAUUGGGCCGGAGUGGUGGCACUAGCGUGCGCUCCUUUACCAAGGACGUUCGCUUUGGGGUCGAGGCGCGCAGCCUGCUGCUGCAGGGCGUGAACAUCCUGGCCAACGCGGUGGCGGCCACUCUUGGCCCCAAGGGCAGGAACGUGCUGAUCGAGCAGUUGCUAAUAUCGCCACGGAUCACCAAAGACGGCAUCACAGUGGCCCACAAUGUGCAGCUGAAGGAUCGACGGCAGGACAUGGGCGUUCAGCUGCUGCGCGAGGCAAGCAAUAAUACGAACAACAAUGUGGGCGAUGGCACCACCACGGCCACGAUCUUGGCCCGUGGAAUAGCCUGCCAGGGGAUGCAUGCGCUCCGCCAGGCAGAGAUUAAUGUUCAGCUGCUGCGUGAGGGCAUUCUUGAGGGAUCGCGAGCGGUGUGCGAAGCCUUGGGUGAAAUGUCCGUGCCGGUGGACACCAUUGGCCAGGUGGAGGCUGUGGCCAAGGUCGCUCUAAAUGGAGACGAACGACUGGCAGAGCUUAUUGGCGACACCAUAUUGGAACUGGGUGAAAGUGGCGUCAUCUUACUGAAGGAAUCCCAAAGCCCCGUCGAUGAGGUUAAAAUCCAAGAGGGCAUUACUUUGCCCUUGGGCUACUGUUCACCCUUUUUUGCCUCGAAAAGUGAAGGCAAAACCCUGGAGCUGGGCAACUGCCUGCUGCUGCUCACUUUGGCCAAAAUUGAACAAGCUGAACAGAUCCUUCCCGCCUUGCAACUGGCCAAAGUGAGGGAACAACCUCUUCUGAUCAUAGCUCAGGAUUUUUCCAGUGAUUUGGUAAAGAUUCUGGUACUGAACCAUUUGCAAGGCCGAGUCCAGGUGUGUGCCGUCAAGGCACCAAAAUUUGGCGAGGAUCAGCGGCAGGAAAUGCAGGAUCUAGCUCUGGCCAUGGGUGCCCAUCUGCUGGAGGAUGCCACCUGGCUGGCGGAGCUCUCUGAGGGGGAUCUUGGCGAGGUGGUAUUAGCGGUAGUGGACGCCAAGGAAACGCACCUGCUGCAACCCAUCAAGGUCAACGAGGCGCAGGUUGAAGGACGCAUUCAGCAUAUUCGUGAGCUGAUCGAUGAGGCUGUCACCGAUGAGGAACUGGAUCGGCUAAAAACAAGGCUGGGCAGAAUGCAGGGCCACAUGGCCACCAUCUAUGUGGGCGGCACAAGUGACCUGGAAAUCAGUGAGCGAAAGGAUCGCUUCAACGAUGCCCUGCAUGCCGUGAAAGUGGCCAUCAGCGAUGGUGUUGUUCCCGGAGGUGGCACAGCCUUUUUACGGUGUAUUCCUGCCUUGGAUAAGUUACCUCCUGCUAGGGUCAUGGAGCACCAAGUGGGCAGGGAAAUUGUGAGGGACGCACUGCGUCUGCCCUGCUACACAAUUGCCCGAAAUGCUGGAGUAGAUCCCGACGAGGUACUUCGUCGAGUGCUAGCUGGUAAUGGCAACUUUGGAUACGAUGCCGCUGCCGGUGAGUAUGGAGAUCUAUUGGUACGCGGAAUCGUAGAUCCCACAAAUGUGAUGCAAUCUGCCAUAACGGAUGCCGCCGGAGUUGCCUCGCUUUUGGCCACCACUGAAGUUCUCAUCACCGAGCAGCCGAUUAAACGAAAGAUUCCCAAAAAUCAGAUUACCCAGGAUCUGGCUAAACUGGUUGGCAUGUAGAAAAAAAAUUAAACAAACUCAUUUUAAGUAGGCUAUGAAAAAUGUAUUUUAGAUAAUCUUUAAAUUAAAUGUUUAAAUUAGUCAAUAAUGUUUAAUUAAAUUACCUUUUUUAUCGAUAAACUAAAAUUUGCAAUGCAUAAAGUUAAGCCAAACUAAAGUUAAUAUUAUACAACAAUUAUUA